UGGAUGAUGUGAACCCGAGAAGAAACGGAUUUAUUGCUGAUUGGCUACACGGUGACUUGCAUAUACGCAUUUAAGUAUAAACUAUAUAUGUUUCUAACAUGGACAAAAUGCUUUCGUUCUUUGUAUUGUUGGUUUUAUCGUCAUAACACCGAUGUGCUAUGACACUAGCGAGGCUAGCUAGUUAGCAGCGGUGCUAACGGAAGACAUUGAACAUGGUUCAGAACAUGUUUCGCAGCGGGUUUCUGGUUCGGGCCUCGCACACCCUGCUCACCUGGGUCAUAACCCUCAUACUGUUCCUGCACAACACCGAUCUGCGGCGGUGUGAGGAGCGAGGAGAGCUGCUGCUGCCGGUCCUCUUCUUCCUGCUGGUCAUGCUGUCGGUGCUCUUCUACUUUGCCGUGUCCUUGAUGGACCCCGGCUUCGUUCUGUCCGACAGCGUCAAGGCUGCCAGCGAGGAGGAGGAGUCCAUGAUUCCUCAGUCCUCGACCCCUCGGCCCCGGCGCUGUGGAUACUGCCUGCUGCAGCAGCCAAUGAGGGCGAAGCACUGUCAGACGUGUCAGCGCUGCGUGCGGCGCUUCGACCACCACUGCCCCUGGAUGGAGAACUGCGUGGGCGAGCGGAACCACCGCUGGUUCCUCGUGUACCUGCUGGUGCAGCUGCUGGCGCUGCUGUGGGCGCUUCACAUCGCCCUCUCGGGCCUCGCCCCCGCCGCCUCGUGGGACCUUUGGUUCCGGGCGAACUGCUUCCUGCUGGCGGCGCUGGUCGUCCUCGCCGUCUUCUCGGCGGUGGUGCUGCUGCUGCUGGGCAUCCACCUCUACCUGGCCUCCGUCAACUGCACCACCUGGGAGUUUGUGUCCCGUCACCGCGUCUCUUACCUGAAGAACCGCGCGGACGAGCGCAGCCCCUUCGACCGCGGGCUGCUGUGCAACCUGUGGGACUUCUUCUGCGCGUGCGGGGCGGCGCGGGACGGGGGCGUGGCCAACUCCGUGUGAAGACCGGAUUCACUGCGUUCAACCCCGACGCCGCUUCAUCUCACAGGAAGUGAGCUUUGGAUGGACGCUCGUGGUCCUCAGAGGAGGAACCACAGGGGCUUAGUUUUUUUUCACAAGUUUUUUUUUUUUAAAGUUGAUUCCUUUAAAAUCCAACAUUUUUAAAAAUAACAGUAUUAAUUCUACGGAUCUGAGAACUUCCACCGCUGGUGAGUUCUGUAUUUUGAUGAAAACUAUUUUCAAGCCGUUUUGUUGAAUGAAUUUAAGGUAAGAAGUUUUCUCUCAGGUGUGAGUGACCUCCACAUUUUAACACCAAGCGCCUUUAUGUCUUUGGUAUUAUUGAAUUUGAUCAGUGAUACAUUUUUUAAUUGUUUAGAAUAAUCUUCUCAACAGCUCUUUUGUUUACUGUGUUUUUCACUUUGUAUUUAUUGACAUUAAAACAGUGAUACGCACGAUGUUCCUCCUGGACGCUUCACACGCAUUUAAUACUGACACACAAGUAACAAGAAACAUUCAGCAGCUACAUCACCGCAUCCCUUUAGUUCAUAAAGCCUCCCCCAGGCAGGAGGAGGGGUUUAGUGCCUUGCUCAGGGACACUUCAUCACAAGAUGAUGUUCUUUUUUUAACCCUUCACUUUCAGGUGAGUCUUCCUAUUUCUUUAAAGAGCAGCUUAACACCGUGACACACUCAUAUCAGACGAGGACCUCGUGAGUGAAAGCUGCAUCCUGUGUAGUGACCAGCAGGGGGCGACUCCUCUGCUCCCAUAGACGUCUAUGAGGAAAUGACUCUACUUCUGUGUAGUGACCAGCAGGGGGCGACUCCUCUGCUCCCAUAG